AUGGGGGAUUCACCUAUGUUUUUCAGCGAGGGAUUUAGAGCGAGAAAUUGGGAAUUCAUUUUUGGGGUUCUUCCAGUUUCUGGCGAAAAGGACCACGGCACUGGUUCUUCCGAUCUGAAUCCAGUUUCUCACCAUGUUCAUAGAUCUCGUGAUGAACAAUAUAUUAUUGACUUAGUCACACCCACGUGUGAUCCUCAAUUGAUUCCAUUUGAGGGACAAAUAUUUCCUACAUUGGAGCUGGGUGUCAAAUUCUAUGAGGAGUACGCGGAUGCAGCUGGUUUUGAGACACGUCUAAGUACGCCCAAAAAAGCGGAAGACGGUACCAUGCUUUAUAGGUAUGUGUUAUGUAACCGAGCUGGAUUGAAGCCCAAGAAAAAAAUUCCGUCGAAUACUAAGGGAAAUGAACCUAAGAAGCAAAGGCAAACUGUAUCUAUUAGAGUUGAUUGUAUGGCACGCAUUGUCCUCCGUCAUGCUGGUAAUCGUGGAUACAGGGUCAACACCUUUGAUGAGCAUCACACGCACAAUAUGGUCCCUGAAGGUCAGCGGCAUCUUAUGAAUUCUAAGAGAAAUGUCAAUUAUAUUCAUCAAAUGAUGAUGCUUACUGGAAUGAAAGCGAAUAUCGGGCCUAUGAAGACAUUUAGAUUUUAUAAGGAACUAGUCGGUGGAUACGAUGAUGUGGGCUGUACUGCACAAGAUUUCAAGAAUUAUGGUCGUGACCUAAGGGCGUUUUCCGAUGGAGUUGAUGCCCGCAUAUUAGUAGAUAAUUUCAGGGAUAAACAAGAGAGUUGUCCAGGUUUUAAGUUCUCCUUUGAUACAUUUGAAGAUACUACAUUGAAGAGACUGUUUUGGGUGGAUGAUUGCUCCAUCAAGAAUUUUAAAUUAUACGGGGAUGCUGUUUCUUACGAUGCUACAUACCGAACCAACAAGUACAAAUUGAUAUUCACUCCUUUCACUGGCAGAGACAAUCAUGGGAGAUGCAUAACCUUUGGUGCUGCUCUUAUUUCGAAUGAGGAUGUUGAAUCCUAUUCAUGGGUCUUCAGCAAAUUUGUUGAGAGUAUGGGAGCUCAUCCACUUAUCCUUAUAACAGAUCAAGACCCGGCAAUGAGAAAGGCCAUUGAAAAUGUAUUACCUAAUACGUCCCAUAGACUUUGCAUGUGGCAUAUAUUGAUGAAGUUUGCCGAGAAGUUGCCGAAUCACUUAAUGAAGGACUCGGAAUUGAAAGAAAAAUUCAACAAUAUUGUGUGGCCUGAUCUUGUUGAACCUUCUGUCUUUGAGGAGAAAUGGCACUGUCUCAUGGAUGAGUAUGACCUCGACGGCAAUAGAUGCCCGCCCUAA